AUAAUAUUUUAGAAUCAGUGUGAAAACUACUUGUGUAUAAACAUAAAAUGAAAUUUCUAAUAAUAACUUUUGCUAUAGCUGGUGCCUUUGCGGCUAUACCAUCUUUGGAUCUGAGGACAGGUGAUGAAAACGUUGAGUUGGGAAGUGUGAUAACCGAUUUAAUAAACAAAACCAUCAAUUCUUUGAUUGAAAAUCUUGACGAACCUCUGGUCUUAGAUGAUAUAAAUGUAGACGAAAACUCUGAAGGGCUCUCGGGUACCAUAGAUGUGACUAAUAUCAAAAUAUCGGGCUUGAAGAGUUUGGUUGCCACAUACAUAGACGUCAACCUUAUAAGUAAAAUAAUGAAUAUAACUAUUCACAUUCCAGACAUAAAUCUUCAAUUUGCUGCUAAUGUUGAUGUCGUGUUAGCUGAAUUGAUUCCUUUGUACGGUGCCGGAAAAAACAGCAUAGACUUGAGCGAAAUCGAACUAACUAUAACAGGAUUAAUUGAUAUACACGAUCUUAAGCAUAUCAAAGUUCAAGAUGUUGGAGUUCUUAUACAUUUGGAUUCAGCCACGUUCAACUUUAAUGGUCUGCUCAAUAAUGUUGAAUUCACUGCUCUAAUCAACACGAUGCUCACAGACAAUGUUGCUGCCUUCAUAAACGAUAACGAUGCUUUGUUAUCUAAAGUUCUCGGACAAAUUAUUGAAGAUAUUGUCAAUCAAAAUACGACAAUGGAGAAUUUUGAAAGUUUUCCCUAAUUAAAUUUGUAAGAUUCAAUUUCAAAAAUGUUUUAUACAUAAUAGAAAAAAUGUGUAACAUAAUUUUUUAUUUAAUUGUUCUUUCGAUUUGCAAAUUAAAGAUAUUAUAAUUUUGGAA